AGCAGCGCCGCAUUGGACUUCGUCCUUCAACCUACCCACCAUGUCCGAAGCAGCAAUCUAGGCCCUGAUAGCACCGAGACAUCACGAUGACUGAGUCUCUACAGACUCCAGCGGAGCGCCGCUACCUGCGGCCUAGUCUACGUUCGGUGACGAUGAUACAACCGAAGACUGGCGAGCGUGUCAGAAGAAACUUUACCCUUCGGCGAUCCUCUCACCGCAAUACCGAAUCUUCCGAAUUCCUGCUUGCGCCUGGCCAGUUCGAUCCAGCACGACAUGAGGAGAUGGGAAAGUUUGAGAGGCUUUGGGAGGACUUCAAGUUUCGACUACGACAAGCCUACGCAUACGCGACCUCCCCGACCGGUAUUGGCAUACUGAAGUGCUCGCUCGCAUAUAUAUUGGGUUCUUUGGCUACCUUUGUUCCCCAAAUCGCUGGGUUGCUCGGCAAGAACGAUGGAAAGCACAUGGUCGCUACAGUUACGGUCUACUUCCAUCCUGCGCGCUCAGCUGGUAGCAUGAUCGAAGCUGUCAUAUUGGCGUUCGCCGCCUUCAUGUACGCUGCUUUCGUGUCCUUCUCCAGCAUGGCCGUAUCUGCCUGGUUUGGACACCAGCAUCUACUUGUCGUUGGGCAUGCCAUUGUCCUCGUUGUAUUCUGUGGAGCUGGCCUAGGCCUUGUGGGUUGGACCAAGCACAAGUUGGGCAAUCCGCUGGUCAACGUGGCCUGCUCUUUGACAUCACUUGCGUUGAUCACGGUGCUGACUAAAGAAGGGGCUGUACAGAAUGCAACCUUUUCGUACGUCAAGAUUUGGCAAGUGCUAAAGAUGGUUAUCAUGGGGUGUACGGCAUCAGCAGCAGUGGCUCUUCUGGUACGACCGACAUCAGCGCGAACCGAAUACCGAGAUACGUUCAUCCAGUCUACUGAUGCAAUGGCUGAGAACCUUAAUGCCAUCGCCCGCAGCUUUCUCUCUGGCGCCGAGCAGGACUUGAGGAACGAGUCUUUCGUCAAAGCUUCGAAUAAAAGCCAGUCGGCAUACAAAACACUCGUAAAGAAUCUGGGAGAAGCCAAGUUCGAACACUAUGUACUUGGCACUGAAGAGGAAUACAAGAUCAGUGCUCGGCUCGUCAAGUGCCUCGAGAAGCUGAUUCAGAGCAUCGGUGGCUUAAGGAGUGCGGCAGAGACGCAGUUCACACUGCUCGCCCAGUCAAACACGAGCGUUGGCACGCCACUAGACGGUAUGCCUGCAAACGGCAUAGUCACUUCGUCCAUCUUCUCUGAGAACAACUUGUCGCAAAGUCCACCUCAGCUACUCUCCCCAAGUCUUAGUCACACAGAAAGACGCACAAGCAUCCUUGCUUCUAUCGAUGAACUUCCUGAGCCUACCACAGGCGAACCGUCCGUGCAACCUUCAGCCGAUGCUUCAGACGACGAGUCCAGUAAUCGCGACUACUCUUCCAGACUACCUGGCUUCGUGCAAUCCAACCUCACACCUGCAGACAUGUUCUCUGUCUUCAUUGCACACUUGGGGCCGCCCAUGAAAUCUCUGACGUACACACUACGCGAAGUGCUCUCAGAGCUCCCGUUUGGACCAGGGCCGGAUUACGACAUGACUAUCAACGAACACUUCCGACACAGUCUUGUGGACGCAAAGGCGCUUUUUUCCAACGCUAAACGUGAAGCACUCGAUGUCGUCUAUAAGACCAAGAUACCCACCAAGACCGGAUCAGCAGCCAUCGCUGCUGACUUUGAAGAGGUGGCUGCAAGCUGCGGAUAUUUCAGUUCUUCACUGGAAGACUUUGCCGAAGACAUGGUAAUCUUUUUGGAUGUACUGGAAGAAUUGAAGACAAACGUCAAUCUCUACCCGCGUCGCAGAAGUUGGAGGUGGCUCAGGUUUUGGCAGAGAGGGCGCAAGAGCAAGCGCUCAGAUAGCGACGAUUCUGAGAACUCGAGCUUGAUCGACGAAGGCACGAAUCAGACGCCAGGUGGCUCACAUGAGAUCCACAACCCGAUCUACCGCAGGUCCACACGCGGCGAUCCUUACAAGUCCGAGAAAGAACAACCACUAUCGUACCGCACCUGGGUUGCCCUGUCAGUUUUCAGAAGAGAUGAUUUGAAGUAUGCUGUCAAAGUCGGCAUCGGUGCUGUUUUGUACGCCAUGUGGUCAUUUAUCAAGCCAACACGCGAGCUGUACGGGCAUUGGCGCGGCGAGUGGGGUCUCUUGUCCUACAUGUUGGUGUGCUCCAUGACCAUUGGCGCAUCUAACACAACUGGCUUCCAGCGAUUCUUCGGUACCUGCCUUGGAGCUGGCUAUGCCAUCAUUGCUUGGAUCGUGGCUGACGAAAGCCCCUACUUGCUCGGUUUCUUUGGCUGGCUUGUCUCCCUGCUUUGCUUUUACAUCAUUGUUGGCAAAGGCAAGGGGCCCAUGGGUCGGUUCAUCUUGCUUACCUACAAUCUGUCAGCUCUGUACGCCUACUCACUGUCGGUCAAAGACGAGGACGAAGACGACAGCGACGAAGGUGGUAUUUCCCCUGAGAUCUGGGAGAUUGUGCUGCACCGUGUCGUAGCCGUCAUGGUUGGAUGCAUCUGGGGUAUCGUGGUCACUAGGCUCAUCUGGCCCAUCUCUGCACGACGGAAGUUGAAGAAGGGUACCUCCCUGCUAUGGCUCAAGAUGGGGUUGAUCUGGAAGCGCGGUCCGCUCAAGACAAUCCUGGAAGCCAACUUGGGCGACACCCACAAACCGUACUCUUACAUGAGUGAGCGGGAGGAGUUUGAGUUACGUCGCUUCCUGAACCAUCUAGAAACGCUCUGUACCGCUGCAACAUUCGAGUUCGAGCUCAGAGGCCCGUUCCCUGCUAAGAGCUUCAAGGUCAUCCUAGGUGCAACGAGUCGCAUACUGGAUAGCAUGCACGCUAUGAAUGUCAUCAUACUGAAGGAUCUCAAGGCGUCUGAAGGAGAAAAGGAAGUGCUCAAGUACACAAAGAAGGAAUGGACCGAACUCAGUUGGCGAAUUAGUCAUUUGUUCUCUGUCAUGGCAUCCUCCAUGAAGUUGGCGUACCCGCUGAACGAUGUCCUGCCGAACGUUGAGCACACCAGAGACCGAUUGCUUGCGAAGGUGUUCGAGUUCAGGCAGACUGGGCUUGGCAAGGUCAUAGCCAAGGAUGAGGACUACGAGCUGUUGUAUGCUUAUGCUUUGGUGACUGGACAGCUGGCGCAUGACCUUGGUAUCAUUGGGCAGGAGAUCGAAAAGUUGUAUGGCGUACUGAGUGAAGAAGACCUUAAGUUGCAGUAGAAAGGAGAAGAUAUGAAUGCAUUCUUACCAUAACACCUCAA